GCCCGGGCCGCGGCUCCGGAAGGGCGCGCACAGCGCGUUGGCCGCCGCCCGCGGGACGUUCGCUCGGGAGGGCUGCAGGGCAGGACGGUCCCCGCCCAAAGACGCAGAGGCACCGCGGGAUCCCGGAACCGCGCCCGUCGUCCCUGCCGCCCCUGGUCGCCCUGCCAUGGCCUCGCGCCUCCUCCGCGGGUCCCUGCGCCUCCUGGGCAGCCGCUGUGCGCCGCGCCCGCCGCCCGCCGCGAGAUGUUCUCAUUCUGGAGGGGAAGAACGACUAGAAACUCCUUCUGCUAAAAAAUUAACAGAUAUAGGAAUUAGAAGAAUCUUUUCUUCAGAGCAUGACAUUUUCCGGGAAAGUGUAAGGAAGUUUUUUCAAGAAGAAGUGGUUCCUCAUCACUCAGAAUGGGAGAAAGCUGGAGAAGUGAGUAGGGAGCUUUGGGAAAAAGCUGGAAAACAAGGACUGCUUGGUGUCAACAUUGCAGAACAUCAUGGUGGUAUUGGUGGGGACUUGUACUCUGCAGCUGUUGUUUGGGAGGAGCAAUCAUAUUCAAAUUGUACAGGCCCAGGUUUUAGUCUUCAUUCAGAUAUUGUCAUGCCCUAUAUUGCAAACUAUGGCUCAGAAGAACAGAUUAAACAAUUCAUCCCCCAGAUGACUGCAGGCAAAUGUAUUGGUGCCAUAGCAAUGACAGAGCCUGGGGCUGGAAGUGACUUGCAAGGAGUAAGAACAAAUGCCAAAAGGGAUGGAAGUGACUGGAUUCUGAAUGGAAGCAAGGUGUUCAUCACUAAUGGGUGGCUAAGUGAUGUUGUGAUUGUAGUAGCAGUCACAAAUCGUGAAGCUCGCUCUCCGGCCCAUGGCAUCAGCCUUUUUCUGGUGGAAAAUGGAAUGAAAGGAUUUAUCAAGGGACGAAAGCUACAUAAAAUGGGAUUAAAAGCCCAGGAUACUGCAGAACUAUUCUUUGAAGAUGUACGGUUGCCAGCUAGUGCCCUACUUGGAGAAGAGAAUAAAGGCUUCUAUUAUCUCAUGCAAGAGCUUCCACAGGAAAGGCUGUUAAUUGCUGAGUUGGCAGUUUCAGCCUCUGAAUUCAUGUUUGAAGAAACCAGGAACUAUGUUAAACAAAGAAAAGCUUUUGGGAAGACAGUUGCCCACAUACAGACGGUACAGCAUAAACUAGCGGAAUUGAAAACACACAUAUGCGUAACCAGAGCUUUUGUGGACAGCUGUCUCCAGCUGCAUACAACGAAACGUCUGGACUCUCCCACUGCUUCCAUGGCAAAAUAUUGGGCAUCUGACUUACAAAACAGCGUAGCUUAUGACUGCGUGCAGCUCCAUGGAGGUUGGGGAUAUAUGUGGGAGUACCCAAUUGCAAAAGCUUAUGUGGAUGCCCGAGUUCAGCCAAUCUAUGGUGGUACCAAUGAAAUAAUGAAGGAGCUGAUUGCAAGAGAGAUCGUCCGUGACAAGUAGACAUCUGCCCACAUCCUGGAAUCCUAUUACAGUUAAUCUGGUUUUAAAUCUACUCAAGAUAAAACAUAACCUGCAAAGAGGGGAAACGCUAAACAUGUUUUUAUAUACUGUCUCUGUAAAGAAAGAAAUCAAAUAUAAGAUUGACACAGUGGAAGGAGAAACCUUUGAAUCCAAAGAUUCUAAAAUUCUCCAAUACAAGAUUUAAUUUUGUAUAAAAUUAAAAGGGCAAAAUUUUUCUGAAUCUACAUGCCUUAGUGUUUCAUGUAUCUCUAAAAUUCUAAAAAGAAUAAAUUGCUUAAAUCUUUAAAA